AUGACCUUUGAACAAGACGACAAACCAAAGCUGGGCAAGCCGCUGAGCAACAUCAAGGUGAUUGAAUUUGCCGGGCUGGCUCCGGGUCCGCUGGCCGGACAGCUUCUGGCCGACUAUGGAGCCCAGGUGGUGAGAAUCGACGCUCCCAACAAACCGUCGAUUGACAGACUGUGCAAGGACAAGCGCUCUAUUGCGCUGAAUCUGAAGGACAAGGAGCAAUGGGCGGUGGCCCGAGACCUCAUCAAGAACGCCGACGUGGUCAUUGACCCCUACCGCCCUGGAGUUUUGGAGAAGCUGGGGCUGGGCCCCUCGGUCUUUUUGAACGCCCACAAGGGACUCAACAAACGGCUCAUUUUCGCCAGGCUCACUGGAUACGGCCAGAAAACAGACAAGUCGCACUGGGCAGGCCACGAUCUCGGAUAUCUGGCAGAAUCGGGCAUUCUCGACACCAUCGGACCUCCCGGCCAGGCCCCCGUCUUCCCAGCCAACAUUCUCGGCGACUUUGCGUCUCUGUCUCUUCCGGCCUUUGCUGCUAUCUCUCUGGCGUUGUACGAGCGAGAAAUGAAGGAGAAACGGGGCAGCUCCGUGCCCGGCCGAGAACUGGACGUGAACAUUGUCCAGGCGGUCCAGUAUCUCGGGCUGUUCGUAUCCCACGGCAGAUACCCUGACGGGGAAGGCGGCAUUGCGCUGUUUGAAAACGAGCGAGGAACCAACACUCUUGACGGAGGCUCGCCUUACUACCAAAUGUAUGAGACCGCCGACAAGGGCGAGUACCUGGCGGUGGCGCCCAUCGAGGAGCAGUUCUACUCGCAGUUUGUUGAAAUGGUCGGUCUGGAUCUCGACAAGCUUCCCAACCGAUUUGACACCGACAACUGGGCGGAGCUGAAACAGAUUUUCGCCGAGGCUAUCAAGAAGAAGGGCGUUCAGCACUGGAGAGACCAGUGUGACAAGUACCCCAACUCGUCGUGUGCGGUGAUGAACAAGCUGGCCAAGCCGGAGGAUGUCAAGGACCAGAUUGUCACGUGGACUAGCAAGUCGAGCGACAAGUACGAGAACAAGGGCUUUGCAGGCAAGGUGCUGGAGGCGAAUCAGGAUGCGGAGAGCGUCAUCCGAUCGUUCUUGGGUAAAGGGUACUGGAAUAAGGUCAAGGCAAAGCUCUAG